UAAAUAUACAUCAGUGUUUAUUUUUUUUUGGUUUAUUUUAUAAACAAAGAUUUAUAUUCAUCCCGUCUAUGUUUCAAGAGUUCAAUAUUUUCAAAAUGACUAUUAAGCCGAUCACUGUGUUCGCCACCGUCGCCACUCUGUUCGCGAGUAUGGCAUUUGCUUAUCCACUGGAGUACAAGAGUUACUACGAUGACCACUAUAAUGGCUACGACGGUGCAGCAGGUCAUCUGCAGUACCAGCACAGCGGUUACGCUCCUGCACCCGCCGCUCCAUACCAUUUCGAGUACGGCGUGAAGGACCUGCACACGCACGACAUCAAGAGCCAACAGGAAGUGAGCGACGGCCACGGUAACGUCAAGGGAUCGUACAGUCUGGUGGAACCGGAUGGCUCCAUCCGAGUGGUUGAAUACACGGCCGACCAUGAACACGGGUUCAACGCUGUGGUCAAGAAAAUUGAAGCUCCCAAAGACAACAAUAAAUAUUAUUACCAUCAGUCGCACGCAGACGUUGACUACUACCACCAAUAGCCGUCAAACUAUCACAAGUACUAUUGAUUACCUAAUUAUAAUUGUGAAAUCCGAAAUGUAACAUUGUGUAUUCUUAUUACUAUCAUAAUAUUAUUCAUAAUAAUCUACUGAUAAAUAAUUGUUCUAAGGCUAUUGUUGUUGUUGUUGGRCAUAUGUAAUUAUAAUAAUAAUAUUAAUAUAAARUUGGUGAUUUUUGACAUAGAAGCGAUCAUAUACCUAGUUAGUAACCUUGCUAUUUGGAUCAUAAUAUAAUGUUAUGCAAACAAUAAUUACCUAACUCGUUUAUUGAAUAAACCAUUUUUAUUGUUGAA